AUGACGCCCUCGCCCGGUCCUCAGAUCAACACCACGGAGGUGAGGCGGCCUCGCUCUAGCCAGACCGUCUCCUUCUCUGUCGACGAAGGCAAUAAUUCCAUUCACGGAUCCGACUCGACAAGCCUCCAGUUAGCCGUUUCCGAGUGCAUAGAAACCACUACUACAACCACUACCACCACCACCAAGCGCACCUUUCCACCCGUCUACCUGCGCGAAGUUCGUCCUCUCCACGAACUCGACUCCAAGGAGUAUCCUCUCGCUUCGAAGCCUCUACCCCCCGAACUUGCCAACUUCUCUUUCAGCGUUUCUGGCUCCUCUUCCGAUGGCACAGUCGACAACCCUUUUGUUGCCAAAACACGCAAAGCACCGAUGGCAGCCGAAAGGCAGCCCACAGGCCUCCUGAAAGACGACGAGUCGAGUCAAGAGUCUCCAAGACGCACAUCAAAGUCGCCCUCAGAUGCCAACCAAAGAAGGUCUCGUCGGUCGAAUCCCCGCGAAGCCUCGCCGUCCUACAACGCGUCACCCGUCUUGCCUUCUAGACCCUCCAGGAACCCCAGACCGACUGGACUCUCCAUACCCGAGGAUGCCUCGCAACGCCUUCGACGCCAACUCACGAGGGGCAGACCAUCCGGCUACUUGGCCACUCCAGAUACCUCCGAAGUCGCUGGUGCAAGCUCGGAGCGUGUGACGCGACCCCGAUCCCUUCACGCUCACCCCUCCAGUCACACUCCUCCAGAGUCGGGACCGAGUCAAACAAACUUGCAGGAAGCGGCCAGUCCCAUCGGAAGCGAUGCACUCACUGUCUUCAGCAGCAACGUUGCCACUCCGCCCAUCACCGACGCUGACCCCGAGCCGUUUGUUGACACCGAUGAGUCGCCCCAACAAUCUCUCAGAGCCGUUGGCCACAGACCCUCCAUCGACGCCGUGGCUGCACAGGAUGCGAGCCUACCUAGUCCGAGACUUUCGCCUACGCUGGCAGCCGCUCAACUGAAUUCGAGAGACUCCGAUGACGAAGAUGAAGAGUCACCCCAGAGCAGUGCUGUUGCCCGACGAAAUGUCAGCUUCCGCGACCAGGCCUGGUUGCAUGAAUCACAGACAACCGAGGAGGGCGGUUACGCCUCCGACAUGUCUAUCGUUGUGGAUGACAGCUCCUUCCAAGCGGACGACCUCGACGCCCACACCGCCAUGCUUGACACCCGUAACAUGAUGGAAAGAUUCGACGCCAUGCCCAAUGAGAUGAAGAGCUUCUUGAUGUACAAUCUUCUCCGCCGAUGCCCGAGAAAAACACUUCGUCUUGUAGCCGAUGUCGUCACCCCUGCUCUGAAGUGCGAUUUCUUCAAACAGCUUCCUCUCGAAUUGAGCUUCCACGUCUUGUCGUUCCUCGAUCACCGCGACUUGUGUCGAGCUGCGCAGGUCUCCAAGCAUUGGCGAAAUAUCGUGGACACGAACGAAACUGGGUGGAAGGAGUUGUUCGAUCGCGAUGGUUUCACACUGCCCCCCGGCGAACUCGACAAGGCCAUUAUCCAGGGCUGGGGUUGGCAAGAUCCUGUUGGAGUCACUGGGGCCGAGGUUGACUUGCGACCUCUGAGCAGACUGGACUCGGCCGACAACGAACUCACCAAAUCCGUUGUCAAGGCCGAUUCGACAAGCAGGCUUCGCAGUUCCAAGCGCAAGAGGGCUCUCAACUUAUCCAGCGCCGAUAGAUCGAAGCGCAGAGCUAGCGGCCAGGAUGUAGCCCGGCUGGAUGCGAUACAGUCCGAGGUGAAGCAACACAAGUCCGAGGGACCUCUUUCAGCAGCUAACGCGGCCGCUGCUGCUGUGCCCAAUCCAAAGACCAGCAUCCCUGGACUUCAAAAGUUGCACCUAUUCAAGUCCCUUUACAGACGCCACUACAUGAUUCGGCAAAGCUGGACGAGUGGCAAGGUCAAGCCUGGACAUGUUGCUUUUGCCGCCCACCCCCGCCAUGUCAUAACAUGCCUGCAGUUCGACGAAGACAAAAUCAUCACCGGUAGCGACGAUACCUUGAUCCAUGUCUAUGAUACCAACACCGGAAAGCUGCGGAAGAAACUCGAAGGCCACGAAGGCGGUGUCUGGGCCCUACAAUACGAAGGCAACAUGCUUGUCUCUGGAUCUACCGAUCGAUCCGUCCGUGUCUGGGAUAUCGAGAAGGGUCUCUGCACACAGGUCUUCUAUGGACACACUAGUACCGUUCGAUGCCUGCAGAUCCUCAUGCCUACCGAGAACGGGAAGGGCCACGAUGGAAAGCCCAUCAUGAUGCCGCCAAAGCCGCUCAUCAUCACGGGAUCCCGCGACAGUCAGCUUCGCGUCUGGCGCCUGCCUGAGGUCGGCUCUCGGAGGUACAUCCAGACGGGCCCUCCAGCCAACGAUGCUGACUGCCCCUACUUCAUCCGAACGCUCUCUGGACACACACAUUCAGUGCGUGCUAUUUCUGCACAUGGCGAUACCCUCGUUAGUGGUAGCUACGACAGCACUGUCCGCGUCUGGCGGAUCAGCACUGGCGAGUCUCUGCAUGUUCUGCAUGGUCACUCCCAGAAGGUCUACAGCGUUGUACUCGAUCACGAACGCAACCGUUGUAUCUCAGGGUCCAUGGACUCUCUGGUCAAGAUUUGGGACCUGAACACGGGUGCUUGUCUUCACACCCUAGAAGGCCACAGCUUGCUCGUCGGAUUGCUCGACUUGCGCGACGAAAGACUUGUGUCAGCUGCUGCCGACAGCACCCUACGCAUCUGGGACCCAGAGAAUGGCAAAUGCAAGAAUGUACUCACAGCUCAUACGGGCGCGAUCACAUGCUUCCAGCAUGAUGGCCGAAAGGUCAUUUCUGGAAGUGAGAAGACGGUUAAAAUGUGGGACAUUCGCACUGGCGAGUGUGUUCAAGAUCUCUUGACCGACCUGAGCGGUGUUUGGCAGGUCAAGUUCGACCAGAGACGUUGUGUAGCAGCUGUUCAGCGAGACAGCUUGACCUAUGUCGAGAUUCUCGACUUUGGCGCUGUCCGUGAUGGCAAACCCCUCUCCGAGCUUGGCGAACGCAAGCUCCUUAACGAGCCAGAAGUCCGCGCUCUUCUGGCCGAAGACUUAUAA